AUCAUAUCUCAGAACACUCAAACCACGUGCUUUCACACUCGCUCAAAUUCCCCCAAUCCUAUUUCCAAUUUCUACUUCCGAAGCCCUAUAACUUAAACGUCGAUGGCUCGAACCAAGCAAACCGCCCGCAAAUCGACCGGCGGCAAGGCGCCGCGUAAGCAGCUGGCCACCAAAGCCGCCAGGAAGUCCGCCCCCGCAACCGGCGGAGUGAAGAAGCCCCAUCGCUUCCGCCCGGGAACCGUCGCUCUCCGGGAGAUCAGAAAGUACCAGAAAUCUACCGAGCUGCUCAUCCGGAAGCUUCCUUUCCAGAGGCUGGUGCGUGAGAUCGCGCAGGAUUUCAAGACUGACCUGAGGUUCCAGAGCUCCGCCGUGGCGGCGCUGCAGGAGGCGGCGGAGGCGUAUCUGGUUGGGCUGUUUGAGGACACCAAUCUCUGCGCUAUUCAUGCGAAGAGAGUUACGAUUAUGCCCAAGGACAUUCAGCUGGCUAGGAGAAUUAGGGGUGAGAGGGCGUAAGCGUGAUUUCAGUAGCUCUCUAGUUUGAAGCGUUUUUUUGUCGUGGAGUUUGGUGACGGUGGUGAAUUGAAGCUAGGUGUAUCGCUAAGCGUGAUUUGUAUCUUCAUAUUUUUCUUUCUAUUGGUAUCCUAAACCUGAUAAGAAGGUUUUAGAUUGGCAAUCGGAUUAUUGUUAUUUUAAA